CGUCGGUGUCCGUCCAUAGAAGAGAUGGAAUCAGUUGGGAAAAGAAAAAGAUUAAUACCAAUCAAAGAAGACAUUGAAGAUAAAAUUCCAAGGAAAAAACCUAGAGAGUACGCACAAGAAUAUAGAGAUCGAAUAAAGAGAAACACAGAAAUUUAUAAACUGCACAGACAUAAUGAAACGAUCCGUAUCAAGGAAUACAGAGAAAAAGGUCAGACAGAGGAGGCAAAGCAAAGGAACAGAGAUUUGCAGAGGGCUCGACAGCAAAAAUACAGAGAGAGACUUAAAGAUCUUGGAAAAACCAAUCCUGAAAAACCAAAAACAAGACAUGCCCAGGAAAUGCAACGACGAAAAUGGAGAGAAGAUAGACAAAAACACAGACUUUGCAUGAGUACUCAAAAGAAAACUGCAACAAAUUCCAAACGAAGGGAAAAAAAAAAAAAAAAAAAACCUAAGCACUGCAACUUCGAUUGUAGAAACAAAACCAGCAAAACCAGCAGAGGAAAUAUCAACAAAUGCAUUCAGAACAGCAAAGUCCCGUGA